AGGUCCGCAUUCUGUGAAGAUUCGCUGGACGUCUUCUGCGCUCCAUCCCUCAUUUCAGGCUCCGCCCACUUGCGCGUAUUCUACUCGAAAAUCGGACCUUGCAGGAGCACCGUGCAACUAACCGCCUCUGUGAGCUAUGGCAUGGCGCUUCCAAGCCUCCAAAUUCAAGAAUACCACGCCGCAUAUUCCUAAGAAGGAGGACACAAUUUUCGACGUUCCCAUUGGUAAUCUAUCAUGCACAAACAACGGCAUCCAAGCUAGCGCUAGUUAUCUAGCAUUUCACGUGGAGGGUGAAGGUGGUAAACUGGGAGCCUUACCUAUAAAGGCGAGAGGAAGACGGACACGAAAGGAUAUGUCCAUUGUCUGUGCUCAUGGAGAGUUGAUUGAUGAUUUCUGUUUUAUGACCUUCAACGAUGAUUUAUUAGUAACAUGCAGCCGAGAUGACAAUAUCAAAUUUUGGCGGUUAUCGGGUGAAGAAGCGGUGCCUACAUUUGAGUGUGAAGUGAGCGUUGGUCAGCAUGUACUUCUGGAUUCACUGAAACCACAUCCAACAGCUGCGAAUAUAAUUGCUGCUGCUUCUCUUGGAGACGCUUAUAUAGUUGAUGUCGAGCAAAAGGCAUCUGUCAUCCCGCUCACUGGUUAUGAAGACAAAGGACAGUCUAUGGACUGGAGUGAUGAUGGCAAACUCUUAGCAAUCAGUGCCGAUAAAGGACGGCAGGUAUAUGUUUACGAUGUCCGAAGUGGCUCUUCGCCGAUACACACCAUGGCCACACAUCAAGGAAUGGGACGCGAAUCGCGGGUACUUUUCUGUGGUGAUCGCCUCCUUUCUAGUGGUUUUACGAAUAAAAGAAUCCAAGAAGUGCAUGUAGUCGACGUUGGAAAUUGGGACAAGCCUAUCCAUAAACAGGAGUAUGUAUCUACUACGGGAGUGCUGAUGCCGUUCUAUGACAGAGAUACUAAGCUAGUAUUUCUCGUCGGAAAAGGAACUAACAAGCUGUUUUUGGCUGAAUUCCAGUCAAAGAUGCCAUUUUUAUCGCCAGUCUAUGAAAUGGCAAUGGCGGAGCAGAAUCUCGGUGCUUGUAUGGGCAGUAAACAUAAUCUAAAUGUUAUGGGCGGUGAAGUGGAUACCUUCUAUCAACUUACAAAACAUAGCAUACUGCCAGUCCCUUGCAUAGUACCUCGAAGGUCUUAUCGCGAUUUUCAUCCCGAUCUUUAUCCUGACACGCGGGGCAAGGAUGCUGGGUGCUCAUCUUCGGAAUGGCUUGAGGGUUCUAAUGCUCUUCCUCCUAUGGUGUCUCUUGCUCCGACUGGUACUUCGAGUGUUACGCCAGCAACCCAAACGAACCCAGUGCUACCCACGUCUCCUGUUUCACCUCGUCCUCGACCACGUGCAACAAUAGCAGUUGUACCUCCUGUGCAGGAAGUAGCCCCUGCAGCUACCAGGAAUCCGUCCGCUAUACAAAAGGCAAAUUCUUUUUCACACACAACUAACACUUGGGCUACCCGCCGAACCUUUACUAACCAUCCUUCUCUUGAAGUGAAUGGUUUCAAAGAUGAUGUUAAGGAGCUCGUUUACUCAUUGCCCGAUGUUGCUGAGAAAGAGAACGAGAAAGCAAGCACUCAUCAUGAAGCUGGCGAAGUUGGUGAAGAAUAUCACAAGGGGGAACGGCAUGCGGAGCAUCAUAAACCUGCACCAAUUCCCGAACCACCUAUCCGAAUCCGACAAAUAAACAAUAGUGUGGUCCCUCCACGUACGAUCUCAGCUCGAGUUCGGCCCAAGUCAUGCGUUGUGGGACAGUUAGCAUCCAAAUUUCGCCACGUGGAAACGCUAGUAGGACCGAAAGCAAAUAAUGCUGUUUUCUCCAACCUCCGGAAUGUGAAUACGCAACUGCCGCCGGAAGCGAAUGGUGCAUGUGCUAGUGGACAGUUCGUCGCGGUUCCCUUAAAAGGACCUGCUGGUGUGGUAGGAAUUUACGACGUGGACACGCCAUGUAAGAUCCCUGACGGAGUCAUGGACGGAAUUUUCAACAAAGCUCUGGUGACAGAUCUACACUGGAAUCCUUUUGACGAUGAAGAGUUGGCAGUCGGUUUGGAUAUUGGAUCGAUAAACUUUUGGCGGCUUACCACCUCCGACGGACCUAGAAAUGAGAUGGAGCCAGAGAAAGUCAUGAAUCUGGGAGGCGAAAAGGUGAUUUGCUUCCAAUGGCAUCCUCUUGCUGCUGAUUUGAUGGCCAUCGCUUUGUCAGAUUCAUCCAUUGAGAUCUGGGAAUGUAAAACAAUAACGAAGAAAGCUAGGAUAGUAUCACAUUCCACUCCUGUGUUGGCACUGGCAUGGAGCUCUGAUGGUCAUCGGCUCGUCUCUGUCGGAAAAGACCUCAUGUUGAAUGUUCACCAGCCGCAGCUUGGCAGCGAUUGUCUCAUAGCUCAGAAGAAGGUACUUGACCGUGGGCAUGCGGCUCGCGUUCUCUAUGCCUGCGACGACCGACUGAUUGUCGUUAUAAGUAUGACGAGGAGUUCAGCACGGCAGGUCCAACUAUAUGAUGCUACCUCGUUAAAUGAGAUCUACACGCAACAAAUUGAUACCGGUACGCAACCGCUGGUUCCAUAUUAUGAUUACGACUCAUCUGUUCUGUUUCUGAGCGCUAAGGGGAGCCGCAUUAUAAAUAUGUUCGAAAUCAGUUAUGAUUCUCCAUAUCUUCUUCCAUUGACACCUUAUAUGGCUCCAGUCAUCGGCCAAGCCAUUGCAUAUCACAACAAACGGCGGUGCAAUGUUAUGGCUGUCGAAUUCCAGCGCGCAUGGAGGCUAACCGAAAAGUCGCUGGAACAGUUGAUAUUCCGGGUUCCUCGGGUCAAGAAGGAUGUAUUUCAAACUGAUCUCUUCCCUGAUGCUCUUGUAACUUGGCGACCUGUCAUGUCAGCAGAAGAAUGGCUGGCAGGCAGUCAAAAGACUCCGGAAUUUGAAAGUCUAAAGCCAGAAGGAGUCGCUAGCUUAGCCCCUCCGAGUGACUCUGCGCCUUUGAAGCCUGCUCGUUUUUCUGCCAUACCUGAAAUACAUGAUAAUCAUCUUAUCAAGACCGAGCAACCAGAUAAACAAGAGGUGCAACUUAGCUGGUCAGCCAAAAUUCCCAAAGACACAUCGUUAGAACAGGAUCAUAUGGAAGGCGUUGCCGAGGAAGAGUGGACAGAGUUCUGAGCCAGAAUUCUCAGCACUCAGUAGUUUUUGUGCGGGCUUUUUUCUUGCUUUGUGUGGUGAUCUAAUAAGCGUGUUCAUUAGUGUUGAUACUUCGUGCAGUGUAUCCGUUCACCGGUCUCAAGAAUAGAUUAUUCAAAAGCCGUUAGUCGUUGUAAUCAAAAAACUGGAGCUAUUCAUUAUCUCUAGUCGAGUUAUGCUUUUCAUUGCUCAAGAUUUGCCACCGUUUCCUAAUAAUUCGCAGUUGUUGCCAAUGAGUGCUUUAUCUUUCUUGGCGAGUCAUCCUAGUAGUAUGAACAGUCUUAUAUAGCAAUUCAUCUAUAUGCUUGUUUUUUGAUCUUGAUAUACACCUCAAAGUUGUUGACCUGUUCUCUUUUCCAAACAUUUCUCUUAAUCGAUUCACUUUCCAGUUCCAUUCCAUUCUCAAUAGUUCUUUCUAGCAUUGAUUCAGUUUUCGAGAAUAAUGCCUGAUUCGUUUGUAGUACAUCUUUUUCGCUUGUAAUUAUAUGACGCUGGUAGAUUUGAUUAACGACAUAAGGACGAUUACGACCGUAUUGGUCAUUGAACAAACCAAAUAAAGAGCUUAAUU